ACUGUAUUUAACAAUUUAAUAUUUGGGGCAACACUUUUUUUUCUAACCGAGCUUGCCAGAAAAUAAUAAACAUGUUUUUCUCUCUCUACACUCGUGACUCUUUCUCAGGCAUUCCCAGCGGGAUUCAUUUCUUUCUCUGACGCCGGCGGCAUCUCCGAUCACCGGCCGAUCAACUUUCAUAAAUACACACAAAUCUACAUCGCACAUAUCUACACACAUCUGUUUACAACAAUUUAAUUUGGUAGUCAAUCAUCGAGCAAAGUCAAUCACAGAUCUCGAAAAUCGAGGUGAAGAGGAAUUAAAUAUGGAAGACGAUGACGCAGGACGAGCUUUAGUGAAGGAGAUGAUCGAAUUAGUUAGUAAAAUAGCGGAGAUUUCGGAUUACAGGUCUAGUGUGAAGAAACAGUACAGUAAUUUAGCCAGGAGGUUGAAAUUGUUGACGCCAAUGUUCGAAGAGAUUCGAGAUAGUAAACAGAAAGUUAAUCGAGUUUCUGUGGUUCAGCUAAGCAAGCUGAAAGAGGCAAUGUUGUUAGCUUUCGAGUUGUUGCGAUUCGGAAGCCAAGGGAGUAAGAUCUAUAUGGUUCUAGAAAGGGAACAAAUCAUGAAUAGAUUGCAGGAAGUGACAGCUCAGUUAGAAUCUGCUUUGAGUGAAAUAUCCUUUGAGCAACUUGACAUAUCGGAUGAAAUCCAGGAACAGGUUGAGCUGGUUCUUGCUCAGUUCAGAAGAGCCAAAGGAAGGAUUGAUGCACCUAAUGUUGAACUGUAUGAGGAUCUAGCAUUGCUUUACAACAUGAAACACGAUGCUGUUGCAGAUCCAGAUGUCCUAAGGAGAUUGGUGGAUAAUUUACAGCUAAGUGGAAUUACUGAUCUCACACAAGAAUCACUAGCGUUGCAUGAAAUGGUUGCUACUACUGGUAGAGAUCCGGGGGAGAGCAUAGAAAAGAUGUCAAUGCUACUAAAAAAAAUCAAGGACUUUGUUCAGACAGAGAAUCCAAAACUAGAUUCUCCCUUGAUGGAAAGCGGCAGUGUACAAGCAGGCACCGAUAAAAUUCAAAAAAUACCUGAAGAUUUCCGCUGUCCUAUAUCUCUGGAUUUGAUGGUUGAUCCGGUUAUUGUUUCAACAGGACAGACCUACGAACGGUCUUGCAUCGAAAAGUGGCUGGAAGCAGGGCAUGGCACUUGUCCAAAAACACAACAAACUCUUAGUAGCCUCUCUCUUACACCCAACUAUGUCUUACGUAGUCUAAUAGCCCAGUGGUGUGAAGCAAACGGGAUUGAACCACCUAAACGAUCUGCUCGACUCAGCAAGACAAAAUCUGCAUGCUCUCCUGCUGAACGUUCCAAGAUAGAUACUCUCCUUCAAAAACUAACAUCUGUAAAUCCUGAAAACAAGCGUUUUGCAGCAGGUGAAAUCCGCCUUCUUGCCAAGCGGAAUGCUGAUAAUCGUGUGGCCCUUGCUGAAGCUGGUGCCAUUCCAUUACUUGUAGGUCUCCUUUCAACUCCAGAUUCACGCACACAGGAGCAUGCUGUUACUGCACUCCUUAACCUCUCCAUUUGUGAGGAUAACAAAGGAAGCAUAGUUUCUUCUGGUGCAGUUCCUGGUAUAGUUUAUGUCCUGAAGAAGGGAAGUAUGGAAGCAAGGGAAAAUGCAGCUGCCACCUUGUUUAGCCUUUCAGUUGUGGAUGAAAAUAAAGUUACUAUCGGUGGUUUUGGAGCAAUUCCACCACUUGUGACACUACUCAGUGAGGGCAACCAAAGGGGGAAGAAGGAUGCUGCAACAGCAUUAUUCAAUUUGUGCAUAUACCAAGGUAACAAGGGUAAAGCCGUGAGGGCUGGAAUUGUACCAACAUUGAUGAAGUUACUUACAGAACCCCAAGGUGGAAUGGUGGACGAGUCGCUUGCCAUUCUGGCUAUACUGGCCAGUCACUCUGAGGGGAGGGCAGCCAUUGGAUCUGCAGAAGCUCUGCCAGUCUUGGUUGCAGUCAUUGCCAGCGGCUCUCCAAGGAAUAAGGAGAAUGCAGCUGCUGUUUUAGUUCACCUCUGUUCUGCUGACCAACAAUAUUUGAUAGAAGCUCAAGAACUUGGGGUCAUGUCCUCGCUGAUUGAUUUAGUGCAAAAUGGCACUGAUAGGGGUAAGCGUAAGGCUGGACAGUUGCUUGAGCGUAUUAAGCACCAGAAUCUGACUCAGGCGCUUAACGAGUCUCAAGCUCAGCCUCUAAUUGAGUCUCAAUCUCAAGCCCGGGCAACAUCUCUGAUUCCCGCCCCAGCUCCAGCUCCAGCUCUGGCUUCAUCUCCGAUUCCCGCUCCCUCUCAGACUCAGCAGUCACGACCGUGCUUAUCUGCACAUUUUGUUGAUAGCUGAUACCUUUUUGUUUCUUUUUUUUUUUUAAUCAUGUUGGUUUGCUUCUGGGUUUCCUUAAGUUAUUCCAGGGCAUCCUGUUUGACAAGGUUCUGGUGGAAAACCACCCGGCCCUUGUAUAAUUUACAAAAUUUCUUUUUGUUGGGUUUUUAUUGUUAAAAGAUAUAUGGAUAGCCAUCAAAGAAGGAAAUGUGGAAGGAAAAGAGGGCUGAAUCAUGACUUGUAUUUGAGUGUGCCAUUGUAAUAGAAUCAGGGACCUGUUUAUGUUCACAUAUUUUGGCUCGUUUCCAUAAAGAAAUGGAAAGUUUCAAGUCCUUUGCUCA